UAUAUACAAAUAAUGACUUCAUUUGGAGGAACAAGUGGAAGCUUGUUUGGAAGUUUGACAUUGCCAGGCACUGGUACAUCACAACAACAGUCGACAUCCAAUCAGCCAUCGUCUUCGGCUGGCUUGCUGUUUGGCGCCUCAACUUCGUUGACAAACCCAACAUCUACUUCUUCACUCUUUGGUCAGACAGGCUCAUCAACACAACAGUCAUCAGGUACAUCUUCAUUGUUUGGUGGUGGUCAACAACAACAACAGCAACAGCAACAGCAACAACAGCAACAGCAACAACAGCAACAACAACAACAGCAAUCAUCAUUAUUUGGUGCAUCUACUUCGACAGCAGCACCACAACAGACAUCACUCUUUGGAGGAAGCUUGGGCGCACCAUCAACAUCUACAUCAUUCCAAUCAUCAUUAUUUAAUGGUGGAGGAUUGGGUUCGCAACCAUCAACAUCAUUAUCAUUUACUCAACAGCCACAACAGCAACAACAACAACCGCAACAAUCAUUAUCAAACAUACUCAAGUUCUGGUUCUACAACUAUCAAGGACAACAGAUCAAUCCCAAACAAGUACCAAAGCCAGCCAACAUACUCGAUGAUCAAUGGGAGUAUGCACAGACUCAGAAUCCAGACUCGACAUUGUUCGUACCGGUUCCUGCCAAGUCAUUCAAUGACCUGAAAGAUAGAAAGAUGAUACAAGAGAGGAAUAUUGAUAUGCUUUACAAUAAUACGAUGGAGACAUUGACCAAUAUCAAGACACUGCAGAACUACUUGGCACUGCAGAUACAGUCACAACUCGAGUCGAUGCGCAAGCGCAACAAGAUGCUACUGCACCGCUACAUUGAGGUAUGGAGCAAUCUAGAGAUAUACAUUGGACGCGGUCGUCAGGUGACCAAUGCCGAGGUGGCACUGCUGCGUCGCGUCAGCCAGAUUGCCGAGGUGCUCAACCAGCCCAACUCGCUGUCGACCAGCGUCGAGGAGCUCAGCAACCAAGUGCUCAUCAGCAAUGUCGAGAAGGAUCGUGUCAACUUCCAGUUGUUGCCCGAGUCCCUUGAGGCUCUGCACUCACUCUUUAGCACUAUGACCCAAUCGAUCAAUGCCAUGGCCAACGAUCUCGAUCAAUCCUUCCAAGAUGCCACCAUCCUCAAGAAUGAGUUGGCCAAACUAAAGCGC